AUGACCGAACAGCCCGUCAAAUGCCCAUUCCCAUGUUGGCGGAAGCCCGUUGCCAGCAUCCUCCCUACGUUUACCGCGCCCGUCUCGUCUGAGCAAAGCGCUACCAUGACCACGCCCGAACAGGACAUUACUCCAACGGCAAUCGAAUCGCCAGAAGAAAAUGCUGCUCCAGCCACGGCCGCCAUGUCUGAUGACAAAGUUGAUGCAUCGGCCAUCCGGAAGAAGUUCUGGAGAAGGCUAUUAGAGAAUUUCCGGCUCCCAGGACUAAGAAACACACCCACGUCUUCUCCGUCUACCGAAGAAGUUGGCGCAGGGCUGACCCUUGAUGAGCUCUGGGAUAAGCUAUUUGAUAAUGGCCUUAGAAAAGAGAAAUCACAACGCCUUUACAGUCUAUUAAAGUAUGACUCUUGCAAGGAUGGUAUUCUUAAACUGUACAAGGCGUACGACGAAAGAGCGGACACCAAGUUUCUGACAGCCAUCAAGCCCGUUGUGGAGGGCCUGCUUGCCUUCAGUCCAGGGAUCACCUCCUUGGCCAAGGCUAACAAAUUGUUACCAUUAGUAUGGGGAAGCAUCCAGAUCUGCUUAGAGACAGUCUUCUAUCUUGAAAGGCGAGCUUUGAAGAAUUUCUUCUGGGAGUUGUGUCUUGCUUGCCGCGACAGCAGACGCUUUGCUGAUGCAAUGGACAAAUUGGAAAAGCACGAAAGGGCUUUUCACCAUGAGGCGGACCUGGCUUCUGCUACGGAUGUGAAGGACAUCCACACGGCCGUGAGCGGAAGAGCGCCUGAUUUGAUCGCACCAGCCAAUUCACAGAGUAGCAUCCAUGAGUAG